AUGUCUGAUAAUGAGAGCGCACUUGUUAAUCUGUUAAAAAAACGUAUUAAUGUAUUAACUUAUAAAACAUUGGAUGAGAAUGAAUAUAAUCAAACUUAUUUUAAACAUUCUGGUUUAACAAAUGUUGAUAUUCGGUCCUAUCAAUUAUAUGGAGUUCGAUGGCUUAUUGAGCGAUAUGAAGUAGGACAUGGAGCAAUUCUAAGUGAUGAGAUGGGUCUUGGAAAAACAUUACAAACAAUUGCAUUUUUAUUAUAUGUAUGUAAAGUAAAGAAACAAUCUCCUUGUCUUGUAAUUAGUCCAUUAUCUGUCUUGCAAAAUUGGACAAAAGAACUGUCACGAUUUGCUCCUGGAUUAAAUGUACAAAUAUUCACCGGUGCCAAAGAUGAACGAAAUGAACUAGCGGAAACAAUUAAAAAAUCUACAUUCGACAUUUUAUUAACAACAUAUGAAUAUAUUAUAAAAGAUACAUCAUUUUUUCAAUCAUUUACUUGGAAAGUUUUAAUUAUUGAUGAAGCACAUCGAAUUAAAAAUUCUCAAUCACUUUUACAUGGAACUCUCAAAACGUUGAAUGUCUCAUGUCGAAUUCUUCUCACUGGUACACCAAUUCAGAAUAAUCUAUCUGAACUUUAUUCACUAUUAUCAUUCUGUGCACCGAAUAUAUUUCAUCCAAAACAUCAUGAAGAUUUUAUACAAUAUUUUCGAAAUAUUAAUACUGAUGAAACUCGUAAAAAAAUAUUAAUUGAUCUUUUAAAACCAUUUGUUUUACGACGAUUAAAACGUGAUGUUCUUACUGAUUUACCAAAUAAAACUGAAUUGAUGAUUUUUCAUGAUUUAUCGAAAGUUCAAAAAGAACUUUAUAAAGCUAUAUUAACAAAAAAUCGAUCAAUAUUUGGUACGAGUGAAGCAGCAAGUAAAACAAGUCUAGUGAAUAUCAUGAUGCAAUUAAGAAAAGCUAUUGGACAUCCAUAUCUAUUUCCUGGUAUUGAACCUGAACCAUUUGAAAUGGGUGAACAUUUAAUUGAAGCAAGUGGUAAACUUCAUAUUCUGGAUCAUCUUCUUGCACAUUUAUAUGCUAAAAAACAUAAAGUACUUUUAUUUUCACAAUUCACAACUGUUCUCGAUAUUUUACAAGACUAUUUAACUCAUCGUGAAAUCUAUAAAUAUGAACGUUUGGAUGGAUCGGUACGAAGUGAAGAAAGAUUUUUAGCUAUUAAUAAUUUCAAUGUCAAUGAUGAUACAUUUAUAUUUUUAUUAAGUACAAAAGCAGGUGGUGUUGGUUUAAAUCUUGUUGCAGCUGAUACAGUUAUCUUUUAUGAUUCGGAUUUCAAUCCACAAAACGACUUACAAGCAGCUGAUCGAUGUCAUCGUAUUGGACAGAAAAGACCAGUACGAAUUAUUCGUCUUGUUUGUCAAAAUUCAUUUGAAGAAGUAAUUCUUCGUCGAGCUGAAGCAAAAUUAAAAUUAUCAAAAACAAUUAUGGAAAAUAGUGAAUUAGCAUCUGGUUUAAAUACAGUCAUAGAUACAAAAACACAACUUCAAGAUGUACUUAGAAUUGGUAUCGAUAAAUUAUUAGAUGCAACAGAACAGAUGGAUUAUGCAAAAAUUGAUUUUGCUUCUAUUCUCGGUAAAACAGAUAAAAAUGGUCAUUGGCUUGCUGUUGAAGAGAAUAAAGAAAAUGAAAAUGAAGAUAAACAAUUUCAACAAUCGGCAGACAUUAAUGAUGAUAAUAUGUAUGUAUUCGAAGGUAUUGAUUAUCGUGAUGCUGCUAAAAAAGCUGACAUUGAUCUAUUUGAUCGUCUUAUUAUUAAUGAUGAAAAUGGAAGUAGCACAGCAACUAGUUCAUCAAAGCAACGUAUUAGUGAACGAGCACCACGACAUCAGAUGACUGAAGAAGAAAAAGCAGCACGUGCAGCUAAAAUUCGUGAAACAAAAGCUCGACGAAAACAAGAAAUGGAAGACGCAGAACGAAGACGUGAAGAACGACGUAAAGCAAGAAUACAACAAUUAUGGGCAUCGAAAAACUAUCGUUCAUGUCGUGUGUCUUCAUCAGAUGAUGAGGAUGAAGAGACUGAUGAAACAGUACUAACAAAUACUGAAGAUGAUAGUAAUGGUGAAACGAAAUUACACUAUGUUUUUGGUGAUGUAAUGAAACCUCAAUUACAUGGAGAGAAAUGUGCUAUUUCAGUUCAUUGUGUUGGUAACUAA